AGUGUGGAAACGAAACAAAAUGAGCAUUAAAAAAAUAAUGCAGCGUUUGCCAGUGGGCAAGAAACAUAAGCAAAUUGCCAUAUCUUUUUUGCCAUCGGCCGCUGUGUUCGGCUUGGCAGCUGGAAUGGCUCUGGUUUAUUAUACCGAUUGGAAGGUAGUGGCAAAGUAUUUGCCAAUCUACAACACCAAGUUUCCCAAGGAAGAAGAGGAAAAGUAGCAGCCCACAUUUUGGAUGAUUGACAGCAGCUUUUUACUCUACUCUACUAAACAUCUCUUGAAUCAAAUAUUAACGAUCAUGUAUUUAUUGUGGUAAGAUGCAUUUUUGUCUCGCGCACAUUCGGAAAAAGCAACACGAGAAAAAAAAACUAAAAGUAAAAACAAUAAAUAAUUCAAACCCA